UACCCUGUACUACUACAGCUACACCAUGUACUACCACAACUAGUCCUGCUACACCUACCUAUACAAUCGCACCAACAUCAUCUACAACUAGUCAAGUUUCAUCACUCAACACCAUGACACCAGCGAAGACAGAUUUUACCAUUCACCCGACGACCGUCAGCACGUCUCCAUCUUCUGAAGGUAUGUUGCCGUAGUCGCCUAAAAAUUGUGUGGAGUUUGGCCUACUUCAACAGCAAUGCUUGUGAAGCAAAAUAGUCUCUAGCAAUAAAUUCAAAGCCUGAUACAACGAAACAAAACAAAAAUCAAUACGAAAUAACAAUAUAACAGGGAACCUUAUUAUAUACAGUUCAUUAUCUUGUGAAUUUUUUCGAAUGUUAAACUAAUUAUUAAGAAGUUAUAGUAUAUUAGUUUCAUUGACAACAGUAUUUUAAAAUAGCGACAACUUGUUCCUAAAACAGAGGUGUGCAAUAUACGAUCCGUGGGCCAAAUGCGGCCCGCUGAAACGUUUGAUGCGGCCCACCAAAAAAAAUAAUAAUAAUAAUUAUAAUUCCAUGCGCCCAUUUGAAAAAAAAAGAUGCUUCCUACCGCUUUCCAAAAUGAUUUAGCUACUAAGUAGGGAUGCAAGGAAAACUAUUUGCACAGUUAUGCCAAUUAAAAUCCUGGCACUUUGCAUUAUACUGAUAACCCAUUAAGAAACACUCCCAAACAAGUCUAAUGGCUACGCAAAUAUUUUUGUUAAUUUUGUUUUCAGGCACAGAAAAUCCUAUCUUAGAACUUCAAACAAACUUCUGCUACAUUGGCGGAAGUUGUUCAACUUUAAACAACAUCCGGCACCUACUUAUUUGUGGCGAUUUCUGUCUGGACGACAGCGCUUGUCUGGGAAUCAACUUCCGGGUCAUGAACG